GGCGGCCCGGCCCCGGCGGAGCCCCCGGCGGAGCCUCCCGCCCCCCGAGCUGCGAGGUGAGGUCGGAGCCCGGCUGCCCGCGGCGCCAUGGACAGCUUCCUGGAGGAGGAGGAUGAGGAGGCGGCGGGGAAGAGAAAGAGGAGAAGGAGCCCCGCCGCUCAGGCGGUCUUGCAGCCGCCCCUGCACCUUCCCUUCCUGUCGCCGCAGCCGGUAUCUUCCAAUGAACACAAGUUAAGCUUCAAGAAGAGCAAGGAAGCUUGUUUAAGUUACAUUCAGGAUGCCUUGCUCCAAAGGCAGUGGAAGAGGGCUGCAGAAUUCCUGACCUGCUAUAUUGAGUCACUAGAAAAGGACUAUUCCAGAGAACACGUUGGGCCAUCAGAGAUGAUUUGGAGAAUAGGAAGUGAAAUUUUGUGGCAUCAUUCUCAAAGCAGUAUGAAAGAGUUCAACUGUUUCAUGGAACAGAUGAAAACUUUAGGAGUAAAAAGGUACUUGAAGGUCUGCUUGGAACAUGUCUUUCAUCUCCUCUGUAAUGGGCAAAUAGAUGAAGCCUACCAGAACCUGUCCCUGGCAGAAAGCUGGAGGUUUGGAGAGCAAACAGCCAUUCAGGAUAAGGAAAUGAAGCUGAUUCAGGCUUACAGAGGACUCUUGGACUACUACAGCUGGUCUAAGCAGAAGAACAUCCUGUUAGAGCAUGGUGAGGAUGGAUUUUCAGACUUGGCUGUUGAGCAGGAAAUGCAUGGUUACUUUCGGAAGGCAGCGGUGAACUUGAAGGAGAUUAUUAAAAUACCUGGAGUCUGGGACAUCUUUGUGAAAUGCUAUGUGGAUUUGUUGGAGUUCUAUGGAGACCACGACGAGGCCCGCCAAGUGUUGAAUGAAUAUGCCUACAACUCCAAGUUCCCUGCUAACCCCAAUGCUCAUGUCUACCUCUGUCAGUUCCUCAAGAGGCAGGGUGAAUCAAAGAAAUCCCUCAUAUCUGCACUGAAGAUCUUGCAUGAUAUUGUUCCUUCACAUGAACUAAUGAUAGAUUUUAAUACCAUGCUUCAAAAAUCAAAGAAAAGAAAAAAACGUCGACUGGGCCUUGAAGUUAUUUUUGCAGCCUUGGAUUAUGCUGGCUGGAAAGAAAAUGCAAAAGCAUGGAGCUGUUUGGCAAGACAGGUGAAACAAAUUGUAAUCUCUGAGAAGCAUCUUGACUGGAUCAAGCAAGAGUGGAACUCCAGGAAGGACUGGUGGCCAGCCUUCCAUUUUAGCCGUUACUUGGCAAAAAGGAACUGGCAGGAAAAUAAAAGUCUUUCAUAUGAAAAAGCUCUGGUGGCUGGAAUCCUACUGGGAAAAGGUUGCAAAUACUUUAAAUAUGUAUCCCACCAAGGCUGCAAAGCUCAGCUGAAGAGGUUUCGGAUGCUGAAGAAGUUUGUGAACAGGCACAAUCCUGUCUACCUGAGAAUAUCUGGUCCUCCAGAUUCCUCUGUUCAGCCUUGACGAGAAGGUGUCCUUAAGGUUCUUGGUGUACUUUUUCCUCUCUGUAAAACAGACUUCUGUGUUGGUGCUAUUCCAAAACUUCUAGGCAGACCCUAUUGACUCAGUAUUAGACUUUUUU